AGGAAUCUUUCUGGGAGGAUCUUUGGAAGUUAGUACCACAUGAAGAUAAAAUCAGGCUUUACGACAUGGACUUUGCAUUAGGACUUAUAGAGAUGAAUGAAGAUGGGUGGCAAGUUCUGCACACUCUUAAAAAAGCAAUUGCUGAAGUAGUAUUGAAAAAAAUGGAUACAAAGAUAGAAGUUCCCUCAGCGUGGUCUCUUCUUGAACAUUUCUUGUUCAAAACAGAAAAGCCAAUUUUGUCAAUCAGUGACAUAAAUGAUGAGAAUGAGAGACUUCAAGAAUAUCAAUUGAAAAGUCAAGAAGAAAUAUUUGAUUUUCUGUCUUUUUUCCAUGGACACGGUAUUUUGCUCUUUUUUAAGGAGGAAGGAUUGAAAGCGUAUGCGAUUCUAAGCAUUCAAUGGUUUUCUGAUGCAUUCAGUAAGCUUAUUGCGGAUAAGGAACACGUCAUUAGAGACUGCAAACGAAGAUACAUUGAAGAGUGGAACCGUUUUAAUGCCUCGGGGAAUCUGAGUGAUUCUCUUGUAGAUGUUCUAUGGAAAGAGGAAGCGUCAUUUAUAAAACAUAAGGCAGCGCUUAUGUCAUACAUGGAGAGAUUACGGAUGUUAGUCAGCAUUGAAGGAGAAUCCUCCUGGUAUGUCCCCUGCAUGAACCAUAUGCCUUUUAAACACGAAAUCAUCUUGAAACAAACAAUGGAGAAGUCGUCCAUUCUGUGUUUUCGGUUCACUUCCUUUGCCAUGUUUGUCUACUACAGGCUUAUUGCAUAUUGCAUGAGUUUCCUGAAGUGGAAUGUGCAGCUCGAUAAGGACAAAAAUCAAUGUCUGUAUCACACAGCAGCAAUUUUUGAAACCAAAAAUCACACAGUUAUAGUUGGUAUAAUCAAUAACGACAUCCAGAUUCAAGUCUUGCGAAUAAAGAACCUGAAUCCAAAGGUAUCCUACGAAACUGGAAAAACAAUUGAAAUUGCCUUAAUAGAAUUGACGAAGACAUUUGAUGAAAGGAAAAACUUCCUAAAAGGCUACAAAUGUCUGAAUCGUUUUUGUAGCACGGAAGAUCUUACAUUUAUUCCAGAAAAUGAACUGGCUGGAGUUCAAUGCAUAUGUUCAAUAGAGGGUAAACAUGAAAUAGAUGCAAAAUGGACACUAUUUUUCUGGCAAAAGAAUGAUUGUCCCAGGAAUCCAUGCUCGUCGGAAGAAAAUCUUGAUGUUUGUGCAUCAGAAUCUAGUACAACAGAUGACAACGUUCAGUGUGCUUACUGGCAAAAGGUUUCAUUAAUGGCUGCCAUACAUAAAGAACACGGGGAUCUGUUGUCAAUACUCUUAGACUUUAUUGGAGAUGGUAAUGUUCUCCAGCGUUGGAAAAUAUAUAUUGGAAGCAUUACAAAUCGUCCAUAUUCAAGUAACAGAACUGUAGUUGAAGAUUUUGAUAAUCUACACCAAAUUGGGAAGCUGUCUCCUGGAAAAUAUGAUGUACUGUUGGAUUUUUUCAAAAAAUCAGAUAACAGAGCAAUUGAAUUCAUUAAAAAUACUCAGUCAAGAUUGGUAGAGUUACGGAGACAAGAUGGGAGUUUUCACGUGGAAACAGAUCAAGGAAGUCUGGAUGGGACGAAACAUCGGUCAGCAGGUAUGCCUACUUACCAGCAUAACUUGAUAAAUACACAAAAGCAAAAAUUUUAA